UUUUCUCAAUCAAUUCCUCUAACAGAAUCAAUUCCUUUAAAUCGUGCAUGUACCUUUGUGUUGUUUCACAACUAAUGCAGCCAAACUACAACUACCACUGAUGGGUCAAUUUUUCAAGCUAAAAUUACCCAUCAAAAAAACAAUCGCAAUUUUUGUUUUUAUGGUUCACUUUUCGAGAAAUUCUAUAUAGGCGAGAGCAAUCGCAAUGUGCUGCCCAUAAAAACUAAAAAGAGGGAACCACCUGAUGCUUUUUCACUGACAGAUGCACAUUCACUAGUCAUUUAAUAUGUUUUUUGCCAUGAAAAGAGAGAUUUGAUUCAUUAAUUUGCCAAUUCAAGGCUUCACAUAUGCUCCUUUCUUCCACAAACACAUACUGUUUUGAGCCUCAAGUGGGGUGGUCCCCUACCCCCACCCACCCCCCAUGCCAACACAUCAGCAAUAUACAGUUUAGUUAACUACUUAUCUUAUUUAACGUAUCUUCUUUGAACACAUGUCCUCAAGUGACCCCAAACCCAUGUCAAAUAUAUCAUGAUUUCUAUUUCUAUUUCUGUUCUUCUAAUCUACUAGCACUCAACUCAUCAAUUUCAAAUACUUGUUCUCUCUAGAAACCUAAAAUGAAGGUGACUAUACUUUCAAAAGAAGUUAUCAUACCAUCAAAUGCAACCCCUUCCAACCUCAAAACCUACAAACUCUCCUACAUAGAUCAACAAAUCCAUCCUCAUCAUAUCCCAUUCAUUCUUUACUACUCAUAUGAUGCAUCCACCACCACCAUAUCACAGUCCAAAAUGACCACCAAACUCAAAACCUCACUCUCCAAAACCUUGACUCAUUUCUACCCUUUAGCCGGAAGGUUGACCAACAACCAAAACGCCAUUGACUGUACCGAUGAAGGGGUUCAGUUUUCAGUAGCCAGAGUCGAGUGCAAUCUCAUGACCAUCAUCACAACUCCAGUCAUCGAAGAAUUGAAACAACUUGUGUUGAUGGGAUCAUCAUCAUCAUCAUCAUCAUCAUGUGUUGAAGAACAACAGGUGGCUAUCCAAGUUAACUUGUUCGAUUGUGGUGGCAUAGCAGUUGGUGUAUCCAUGUCUCAUAGAGUAGCAGACGCAUGUAGCUUUUCAUCUUUCAUAAGCCACUGGUUCGCGAUAGCAAAAGGAUCCGAGAGUCCGUUGGCGGGUCCGGGUCUUGACUCGGCGGUUCUAUUCCCUCCAGUGGACUCGUAUGAAUACAGUGGAAGGGGUCCACCAGUUGACAACCCGUUCAAGAAACUUGUAACCAAGAGGUUUGUGUUCAGUUCCUUAGCAAUAAAGGAACUGAAACACAAAGUGGUCAAGGCCGAUACGACCCUGGUGGGGUUGAACCCCACCAGGGUCGAGGUGGUGACGGCCUUGAUAUGGAAGUGUAUGGCCACCGUGUCUGGCUGUAAAGACUCGGUGGCUUUUCAUGUGGUAAACUUUAGGAGAAAGAUGGUGCCUUCAUUAAAAGAUCAACAAUUCGGGAAUCUUUUUCAGAUGGCUAGUGCAGUGGCUCAUGAGACAACAGACAUGGGUUACCUUGUGGGGAAACUGAGGGGGUCUUUUAGGAAGAUUGAUGGUGAGUACUUGAAGAGUUUGAUGGGUGAAAAUGGGGUUGAGAUAGCGAGAGAUAAUUUUAGAGAAAUAAAAAAGUAUAUCAGUCGGAAAGGUUUAGGGGUGUUCAGGUUUAGUAGUUGGUGUAGGUUUAGUGUUAAUGAAAGUGAUUUUGGGUGGGGAAAGCCGGUUUGGAUUAGUGGUACUGAUUAUAAUAAUGAGAAUUCUAUAAUGCUUAUGGAUUCAAGUAGUGAUGAUGGAAUUGAAGCAUGGGUUGUGUUGAGUGAAGAUAAAAUGCACAAGUUGGAACAGGAUACUGAGCUUCAUGCCUUUGUUACAUGUUAAACUCUUGAACCACUUUCAUUUGUCAAAAUGGUUUGGAGCUUUUGUACGUAAAUGGUUUGCCAAUAUAAGUUUUAUCUUGUUAGA